AUGGAAGCAAAAUGUCAAAUUAAAGAUUUUGUUGACAAAGGCGUUAAUAUACAAAAACCUCCUCGUAAAGUUGUUGAGGUGGAUGUUCAAGUGGAAGAAGAGGAGGUAGUCAACUCUACAAUAGUCAAUUUAAAUCUUAAUGAAAAUUUAUCAAAUAUUCGAAAAAUACUAGAACAAAAAAGUUCGGUUAAUAUUAAUAGUACACUAUCAUUUGCGAAAUAUAAAACUAGCAAAGAAGGGAAUACCUUUUCUAAAGUAUCAGGUGAAGAUGAAGGACACAAGACUUUAAUUGAGAUUAUACAAAUGAUUAAUGAUAAUGAAUCGAGUUACAAAUUGCAUCUAAGAAAAAGUUCAACUCUAGAUUGGAAAUACUUAAAUAAAAAGAGACAAUUGGAAUUUGGACGAGUCAUCGUUCAAGGUGAAAUUAAGGAAGCUGAUAAGCAAGCUUAUGAGAUGAAAGAUUGCAAAUUAACUUUAAUGAAUGAAAGUAACAAUUAUAAAUUCGAAUCAAAAGAAGAAUGGAUGAAGGAAUCAAAAUCUUUCUUUUCCGCUGAUAUGAAUGCUCAAUAUUACGCGAAAUUAGGAAUCUCGACCGAAAUAAAGAGAAAAGAAAAAUCAAGUUCUGAGACUAAUAUAUCAUAUCAUUGCACAAAGUAUGAAAGAGCUUCUUUAGAAUUUGGUAAAUUUUUAAAACCAAGAAUAGAAUUUAUUGAUGCGGUGAAGGAUGCUUUAAAUUCAAAGGACGUAAAGAAGUUUAAAAUAAUCCUCGAGGAAUUUGGUCAAUUCAUCUCAACUGAAGUUAUCUUGGGUGGUAAAGCUUAUAUUGAAGGGUCAAAGGUUUCAAAGGAACUUUCAAAGUUAAGUUCUAGUGAAGUUUCAGCGAAUCUAAGUACCGGACCCGCAGUUGCUAAAGCAGGACUUGCUUCCAAAUCUUCGAAUGGAAGUUCCGAUUACACACAACACGAUUGUUUAAAGUUAAUCGGAGGAAAGGUGCCCGACAUUACAAAGUUUGACGAAGAUUCUUGGUAUAAAUCCUUGAGUGAUUAUAGAAAUUGGGAUUGCAUAGAAUUUCGAAAUCCUGUUUCUAUUUUUAAAUUUUUAAUGAAGACAGAAUUACAAAAGGAUAUCAUUUCACUCGUUGGAAAAAAAAUUAUUUAUUCAAAAGUUGAAUCCAUCGAUUAUUUGUUGGAGUCACGUGGAAAACCCAAGAUUGUUGAAUUGGUAGAUAUACCAUCCAAUGUUUUAAAGAUUAUAAAUAACAAGGACGCUGAUUGUAACUUUUUCGCAACGGUUAUUGACACUAAGGAUGAGAAAAAUGAUUUCUUUCAUUGUCAAAUACUUUAUUCAUCAGACGAACAACCAAGCCUUAUAAUUCAUUGCAUUCAAAAUGAAUUUAAAAAACGUGAAUGUAAAUUGAAAAUCCGAUGGAUGGUUAUUGGUUAUCGCACAGAUUUGGAUUUUGCCCUCACGGAUUUUGAUGUUCAAUUAAAUAUCGAAAGAUUUGAUUUUGAUACGUCAAAAGGUGCGAACAUGUCCAAUAGGGAGUUAUUGAAAUUUAAACCAAGUCCAAAGAAAUUUUCUUUCUUUGGAAUCCCUGCGUUAAAUAAUUUAGAUAAUGAAUUUGUCGUUAUUGGUCAUCAUUUUUAUAAAACUAAGAACAAUGGUAUUGGAUUAUAUGUGUUCGCUUAUGAUUUAAAGAACAAUCAUUAUGUUAAUUUACCCAAAUUUACGUUUUAUACACUCGUCAUUUCAAAUUAUCAUAAUUCCAGUGCUUAUGGCUUAUCUUCAUUUGAAUGUAAUAAUACGGAUUUGCCAAAAUAUUUUAGUCUAUAUUCCAAAGAAGAAAAGAAUUGUGGUCCGAUUUUUCUGAAACAAAAACAACAUGAAAUUAAAGCAAAACAAGUCCUUGAUAAAAUGUGUAAUCAAGACUCCUGCAUUUGCAAAAAUGAACCAUUCAAAAAGGCAAAUGAUGAUUUGGAAUAUUAUUUUUUCAAUCCAGAAAAUUUCUGA